UUCUUUUCUCCCCCCACGAUUCUCACGAGAUUCCAUUAGGUCUACAAUUCCCAACUUCCACAAAAUGUCCUGGUUUCAAAAGAACUUCACCCUCCCCGCACGCAGCCGCGGCUCCUACCUUAUCACCGACCAUGUCCUCUCCGAAGUGCCAGAGAUCCGCGACUAUAAGGUCGGCAUGCUGAACCUCUUCGUGCAGCACACCAGCUGCGCGCUGUCGCUCAAUGAGAACUGGGAUGACGAUGUGCGCGCUGAUAUGAGCGAUGCGCUGGAUCGUAUUGCGCCUACCGACCGCAAGGGCAAUUUGUAUCGUCAUUCUGCCGAGGGCGAUGAUGAUAUGCCGGCUCAUAUCAAAUCUGCGCUCAUUGGCGCCUCCGUGAACAUUCCUAUUUCGAACGGUCGAUUGGCAACGGGUACAUGGCAGGGUAUUUGGUACCUGGAAUUCCGGACUAGUCGGCACAGCCGCAAGGUUGUCGCGACGAUCCAGGGUCAGAAGGCGUAACUGGACGCAGAGCGCGGACAACUAUGAUAACUAGACACGGGUGGCUACGACUGAUGCAAGAUAAAAGAAACGUGAAGAGAGUUAACAUGGUAUAUGAUCC